UACGUACUUCAUAGAAACUGUUACCCUUCAUAUAUUCUAACAACUCACAUUUUAAGAUUCAUUAUGUCAUUUGUUCCAUGUUAAGGGCUCUAACCUUGGAACUAAACUAUUUGUCUCCCUCUUGCUGUUGCAUGCAGUUCCUCUCUCUCUUCCUCCAUUCCUCUAACCCCACCCCGCUGGCAGAAUCAGGAAGUCCCUCCCCUUCCCACAAACUCUCUUCUGAGGAAACGAAACUUAUCUGAGUCUCUCUGUCGUCUGUCUGUGUGACAGUGAACAACAAGUCCAAAUGGCUCAACAGGGAGUUCUGCUGGACCAGGACCAGUUCUGUUGUUCUGUCUGUCUGGAUCUACUGAAGGAGCCGGUCACUAUUCCCUGUGGACACAGUUACUGUAGGAGCUGUAUUGAGGGCUGCUGGGAUCAGGAUGUUCUGAAAGGGGUCUAUAGCUGUCCUCAGUGCAGAGAGACUUUCACUCCAAGGCCUAAUCUGAGGAAAAAUAACAUGUUGGCUGAGAUGGUGGAGAAACUGAGGAAGACAGGACUCCAGGCUGCUCCCCCUCCUGCUCUGUGCUAUGCUGGACCUGGAGAUGUGGUGUGUGAUUUCUGCACUGGGACCAGAAAGCAGAAAGCCCUCAUGUCCUGUCUGGCGUGUCUGGCCUCUUACUGUGACACUCACCUCCAAUCUCACUAUGAAUCUCCUGCUUUCAAGAAGCACAAGCUGGUCAAAGCCACGGCACAACUACAGGAGAAGAUCUGCUCUCAUCAUGACAAACUGCUGGAGGUUUACUGUCGUACCGAUCAGCAGUGUAUCUGUUAUCUGUGUACAAUGGAUGAACAUAAAGGCCAUGAUACAGUGUCAGCUGCAGCAGAGAGGACUGAGAAACAGGUAAGACCAGAACAACUUUUUGAUAGCUCAUUGAAGAGUGAUUCUCCACAGAGGCAGCUGGGGAUGAGUCAGCAGAAGGUCCAGCAGAGAUUCCAGGAGAGAGAGAAGGAGCUGAAGGAGCUCCAACAGGCUGUGGAGUCUUUCAAGCGCUCUGCACAGUCAGCAGUGGAGGACAGUGAUCAGAUCUUUACUGAGCUGAUCCGCUCCAUUGAGAGAAGGAGCUCUGAGGUGAAGGAGCUGAUCAGAGCCCAAGAGGAGGCUCAAGUGAGUCAAGCUGAAGGACUCCUGGAGCAACUGAAGCAGGAGAUAGCUGAGCUGAGGAAGAGAAGCACUGAGCUGGAGCAGCUCUCACACACAGAGGAUCACAUCCAUUUCCUCCAGAGGUAUCAGUCUCUCUCCAGUAUCAGUGUAUCUUCAGACUUACCCAGCAUCGUUGUCCGUCCUCUUCAGUACUUUGGAGAUGUGAGUAAGACUGUGUCUGAACUGAGAGAGAAACUAGAAGACUUCCUUAAAGGAGAAUGGACCAAGAUCUCCACUACAGUGAAUAUAGUGGAUGUUGUACUGCCUCCAGAGCCCAAGACCAGAGAACAGUUGUUACAAUAUUCCUGUCAGCUCACACUGGACCCAAACACAGCACACACACACCUCUCUCUGUCUGAAGGGAACAGAAAGGUGACACGUACAGACCAAGUCCAACCAUAUCCUGACCAUCCAGACAGAUUCACCAACUACUACCAGGUUCUGUGUAGAGAGGGUCUGUCUGGACGCUGUUACUGGGAGGUGGAGAGGACUGGUGGUGUUGUUACAGCAGUCUCAUAUAAAGACAUCAGCAGAACAGAUAGAGGUAAUGAUGGUGUAUUUGGAAACAAUAACAAGUCCUGGAGUUUAAAUUGCUCUAGUGAUGGUUAUUGGUUCAGACACAAUAAUGUUGUGACUAAAGUAUCAGGCCCUCAGUCCUCCAGAGUAGGAGUGUACCUGGAUCACAAGGCAGGUACUCUGUCCUUCUACAGUGUCUCUGACACAAUGACCCUCCUCCACAGAGUCCAGACCACAUUCACUCAGCCCCUCUAUCCUGGGUUUGGUCUCUCUGGUUCUGCUGAGCUGGUUAAACUGUAAACUGAUUAGUUAUUCAUUAAAAUUCAAUCCAAUGUUUUAAUCUUGUCCAUUUCCAUGAAUCAUGAUGUCUGGUGUUGAUGUAUAUUGGUUGUCAUUCAGAACCAUUGAUAUGUUUUCUCAGUUGGUUCUCUGUCUCUAUGUAAUUCUCCUCAGUAUCAUUGAUCAGCUUGUUGGCUCGGUCCUAAUUGAUGUGUUCUCUGUCACCUGGAGCUGCAUGGAAAAUGGUCCAGGAACUAAAGGACAAUUCAGGACUAGUCAGCCCACUACAAGCUGGUAUCACUUACUUUCUACUAAACUAUAUGGUCUGGUUUCCCAGACACAGAUGAAUCCUAGUCCUGGACUAAACAGUAUGUUCAAUGUAGAUGUCCAGGAAACCGUCCCUAAAUGUGUCAUCUUUCAUCCUCCCAUACUGCUCAGUCCAGCAACAUUAAACCUGUCCAGCAGGUGGUGCUGUUGACCAAACAAUAAAACCAGCAGAUAUCUUGACUUGCCACUCAGUAUAUCAGUAAUGUUCAGAAUAGUACUUUAAUAUCAUUGGAGAUUGAUGGUCUUUUUAAUCCACUAUCCAGAGUCAGGAACAGAUGAAGUUAGGUCUGCUACUGUUCAGUGAUUAAAUAGGAUUUAUGGUGAUGGGAAAUAAUAAAAAACACUCAACUUCAUCUCGUAA